AUAAGGAACGUCAAGACUUUGAUAUCUCCAGUAGCCGUGAUGGGGAGAUAAAGACUUACAAAUCCGUGAUGAGAUAUCCAACAUUGCGCCCACCUGUCGAAUUCGGUCUCUUUGAGAGUAGCUCGAGGGCGGCCUCGUGUGAGUUGAGAAUCAUGAG